AUGUCUACCCAAGAGAAAAAACAAUUACCUUUUGUGUAUACCUUCAUUGCAGGUGCCGUUGCUGGUGUCUCUGAGAUUCUAGUGAUGUACCCAUUAGAUGUUGUGAAGACUAGAAUGCAAUUACAGGUGAGUAAAACCGCCCCUAGUGCAUUGAAAACUGCUACAGUACAGUACAAUGGUGUUAUCGAUUGCAUAGCUAAAAUUGUCAAAAAUGAAGGUGCUUCGAGAUUGUAUAAAGGGAUUACGUCUCCUAUUUUAAUGGAAGCCCCAAAGAGAGCCACUAAGUUUGCAGGUAACGAUUUUUUUAAAGCAUUCUACUUAAGAGAAUUUCAACAAGAGAGAUUAACACAGAAAAUUUCGGUUCUAAGUGGUGCAUCUGCUGGUCUAUUAGAAUCGUUCGUCGUUGUUCCCUUUGAAUUGAUUAAAAUUAGAGUUCAAGAUGUCAACUCGACUUACAAAUCUCCAAUUGAUUGUUUAUCUAAAAUCAUUAAGAAUGAAGGUAUAUUUGCUAUGUAUAACGGGUUAGAGGCCACUAUGUGGAGACAUGGUGUUUGGAAUGCCGGUUAUUUUGGUAUUAUUUUCCAAGUUAGAAGUUUAUUGCCAAAGGCAAACAAUAAAAACCAAUCUAUCAGAAAUGAUCUAAUUGCUGGUUCGAUCGGUGGUACAGUUGGUUCAAUGUGCAACACACCAUUUGAUGUUGUUAAAUCAAGAAUACAAAAUUUCAAAAAAGUUAUAGGUGAAGACGGUAAAAUUAUUCCAAGAAAAUAUAAUUGGUCAUUACCUUCGAUUGUGACAAUCUACAGAGAGGAAGGCUUCAAAGCUUUAUAUAAGGGAUUUGUGCCAAAAGUAUUAAGAUUAGGACCAGGUGGUGGUAUUUUAUUAGUUGUAUUUACUGGCGUAAUGGAUUUUUUCCACACACGUAUGUGA